GUCCCAUGGACUCCGUAUUCGUUGCGGAGUUAUUCCGGUCAACCGAUCCGCAAUCUAGGGUUUUUCCAAGAGCCAAUCAGCAGCGCUCCGGCAUUCUCGACUCCGGGCUUUCUUAAAUGCCGUUCUCCCAUGGUCCGAAAUUUUUACGGACGUAACAAUGUUCUGCCAAUUGCAGUGUCUCCUUCUGGCGCACAAUUCGAAAUGCACGAUUUUGAUUUGAUGAUGAGGUUCCGAGAGCGUACAGUCCGCAAUCAUGUGCCAGACGAACUUGAAAACACCGGACCAUAUCCGUAAAAGCAAAAAGACAACACAAAUAUUGACAGCACAUAUCAACAGAAGAAUAAUAACAAACGAGAAGAGCGAGCAUUAAAGUGACGUGAACACGAACAGCAUUACCUCAACCGUUAACUGAAUCAUCAGUCAACGCCUCAACUCUAUUACAGAGUAUUAUCAAUUCAUUACCUGCGUGAUAAUAAUGGAUGCAGAAACUUCAUUGAUAUCCAUCUCUGUUUUGUGGAUAAAGUGGCGUAAAAUUCGGCAGCCUUCGCAGCAGCGAAUUAUGCGCAGAAAGUUGUUGAAGUUAUUGACGAUGCACGAAUUUAUGGAGGCUGAAGAACACCAACGACCUCGCAGAUUUUGGGUGCGACCGAUAUUUGAAUUGGAAAGUCGACUUCGCCAGGGUGCAAGCAAUAACUUAGUUCGAGAGAUGCUGUUACAUGAUCAUGAGAAGUAUAUUACGUAUUUUCGAAUGACGCCUGAAUGUUUUGAAAAGUUGCUGGCUCUCACAGGACCCAACUUGACAAAAAAGACGGUAGUGCGUACUCCAAUCUCAGCUCGUACUCGACUCGAAAUCGUACUGCGUUAUCUGGCAUCCGGGGACAGUAUGGUAUCAAUUUCAUUUGCCUUUAGAAUCGGAAACAAUACUGCAUCUAAAAUUAUUGCUGAAGGUUGUGAAGAAAUUUGGCAAUGUUUAAAAGACACAGUAUUCUUGGUUGACAACGCAGAGAAUUGGACAUCUGUAGCAGAAGAUUUUGAAGCAAAAUGGAAUUUUCCGAAUUGUAUUGGGGCUAUUGAUGGGAAACACGUCACGCUGCAAGCUCCAGCAAAUAGUGGUUCCACAUUUUAUAACUAUAAGGGCAGUCACAGCAUAGUACUGCUGGCGUGUAGUGAUGCGCACUAUCGCUUCACAUUAGUGGAUAUUGGAGCAGAAGGUCGUCAGAGCGAUGGCGGGGUCUUCAGAAAUAGUGAGAUGGGUGGUACGUUUGAGGGAGAUCGGUUUCAACUACCUUCAUCUCGAGCUGUUAGCAGUGAUGGACCAAUCUUGCCAUAUGUUCUUGUGGCUGAUGAAGCUUUUCCGCUCACAGAAUACAUGAUGAGACCUUAUCCUCGAAGCCGUGCAUUAGAUCGGAGAAAAAAAGUCUUUAAUUACCGGCUCAGUAGGGCUCGCAGAGUGGUUGAAAGCGCAUUUGGUAUUCUUGCAGCAAAAUGGAGGAUCUUUCGUAAGCCAAUUGAGGCAUCUGUACCCACUGCUAAGAAAAUUGUGCAAGCAGCGUGUUGCCUCCAUAAUUAUAUAUUAUCGUACGAGGCAGAAACGCCUUUGCGGCCAAGAUUUUAUUCAACUUUAAGCACUGAUGAACGGUGUGCAACCUCCCUUGGGCUUUCUGACAUCCAAUAUCUUGGACCACACACACGCAGUCGACAUGCAACACAGAUAAGGGAAGACUAUGCUACCUUUUUCGAAGGCGCAGGUGCAGUUCCCUGGCAAUGGGAGAGAGCAAUGCAGAACGAUUUUUAAAACAUUGUUAAAUGAUUCGGCUUGUGCAAAAACUUGGUUUGUCUACCGCUUGCUUACCCAAUAGCUCUAAAUCUAUAAAUAUGUAUCAAUAAAUUGUUUUCCCGAUUAUAA